UGCAAUAACGAGUAAACGUUGUUUGAUUACGUUACCGGUGCCAAUUCUAUUCGUACUUCUUUAUUUGUACGAGUUCUUGUCGAAAUGCGCGACUAGAAGUUGAAGAAAUUUAAACUGAAUAUUGAUGAACGCUAUACGAGAUACAGUAAAACACUCGAUAGAUAAGCAAUCGUUUAAAUUAUCAUAUUUCCGGUCACCGUAUAAUAUUAUUUAUGCUUUUCAAGAUGACAAAAUUGUAUCACUUUGACAAUAUUCCAGUUCGCAGUCACCAUCUUGUUACAGCGACGCAGUUCUUUUCAAUUUGUGUAUUUUCUUGGUGUUUUUCCAGUAGAACUACGUAGAGAAAAUACUCCUCAAUGAUCAGAUGGUACAAGAAAAAAACAAUUAUCGUUAUCCUCACGAUAAUCGUUUUAUACUCAUUAUUCCGAUGCAAAAAAUACACCGUAAGAUAUAACGCCAUCGUAUCCAAUUCCAGACCCAUAGAAGUUUGGGAGUUCGUAUCAGAUUUUAAUAAUAUGAAAAAAUUAAAUCCAACAAUAAAAGACUUUAAUAUUUUAUCCGAAAGUGGAAACUACAAACACUGGAAAUACCAGGUAUUCUAUACCGAAUGCUUAUCUCAACUUCCAUCGGUUACUAAUUUCGCCUGGGCUGACUUCGAGGCGAAAAAAAUAUCGGAUAACGAAUUCGUCAUCCAUUCUACUCAUAAAACUUGUUUCAUGACAUCUUAUACUUGUGUACAUACAGAAUCUACAUUCUUAGUUGAGCCAACGAUUGACCGAUACGAAACUUCGUACACUGAAAUCAUCGACUACGAAUGCCCAGUUCUGUUUUCUAAGUUUUGUUACACCGAAGUAUUACAUCAACGUGAAAAAAUCAGAAAAAACUUGGACUACAUUUUUACCACUUAUCGACAUCGUAAUACAUAAUAAUAAAUACUUAUUAAUAAUA